AUGUUACGCACACGCACUGCUAACUGUGUACGUCAAAACGUCCUUAACGCUGUAUGUCGGCGAUAUGCAUCAAAUGCGUCCGCUUUAUCAGUCACUAACCUCCAGAGUCGCUGGAAAUCGCUGACUGAAAACGAACGAACCAGUAUCACGGACCAACUUCGUGAGCGCCAGAAAGGAGAUUGGAAAGAUCUCUCAUUGGAGGAAAAGAAAGCCGCUUACUUUGUUGCUUUUGGACCCUAUGGUCCCCGAGAACCUUUCUUGAAAACAGGUCACGGACGUAAAGUAAUUCUUGGCAUAUGUAUUGCCAUUGGUGUCAGCACUGGAUUAUAUGUUGUUAGUCGUGCCGUUGUUUCCGCAAAACCAAAGACACUGACCAAAGAAUGGGAAGAAGCAACCAACGAGUGGGCGAAGGAAAACAAGAUCAAUCCUAUUACUGGUAUUUCUUCCGAAAAUUACAGUGGACCCGGUUAUGUGCAGUCAAAAUAG